GUUGUUAAUUAAAGAAACACAGUGAUGUAUAUAUUAUUAUUACCCCCUAUCUUUAAACCUUUUUCCCUGUCUCCAUCUCAACCUACUGUCUGCCUCUUUCCAUUUUCACAAAAGCCCUAAAACUAAACUCUCUCUCUCUCUAAACUCUCUCACUCUAAAAACUCUCUUUCUCUCUCUACAAAUUACAGGCAACAGAUCUAACAGUUCACUAAGAAAUAAGAGGUGAGUUGUUUCCCUAUUUUGGGAAUACAAAUCUACAACAAUCCACCGAGCAAUAUUACACUCUACCCCAACUUUUCUUUCUUACUAGUAUUCAUCAUCAAACAUCAUUCAUUUAUAUAUAUAUUUUUUAAUUUUAUUACAAACAGAUCUCUCUCUCUCUCUCUCUCUCUCUCUCUCUCUCUCUCUCUCUCUCUCUCUCUCUCUCUCUCUCUCUCUCUCGAUCCAUCCAUCUAUCCAUCAGUCUCAUCAUCGAUCACAUUAUACAUAUACAGAUAUAUACAGGCGGCCCUUGUCUAUUUAUAUAUAACAUCCAAACUUAUUAACUAGCUACUCUUCUCUCUCUCUCUAAUCCAUCGAUGAUUUUCUCUCACUAAAAUGGCAUAAACAUUUGAUAUAUCAAUCAAGAAAAGAAAAGAAAAAAACCCUCCUGUUUAGUAGUAGUAGUAGUAGUAUGAUUGUGAGUUUGAUUGAGUCGUCGAUCCAUCAAAUCAAACCCCUUCUCUAUAUAUUUAACUCACCCUCCAUCCCUUCUUCUUCACCUUUUUUUAAUUCUUAUUUUUCCUGCUAAUUCAAUCUUGUAAACCCUAGAUAUAGAAAUGAAUAUAAGCAGCAGGAGCAGUUGUUAGAGAUCUUUGAUAAAUUAAGGGAUUUGAACUUUCCAUUCUAUUCAUGGAUUCUCCGGUGUUUCCAGAUGUCGAGAGCUCCAACUCCGACAACAGCGCCGCCGCCGCCGCCGCCAACAGCAACAGCAACGCCGGCGCCGCCUCCUCCUCCUCGUCGGGAUCCACCCUCAGCCGCUACGAGAACCAGAAGCGGCGGGACUGGAACACCUUCGGGCAGUACCUGAAGAACCACCGCCCGCCGCUGUCGCUCAGCCGCUGCAGCGGCGCACACGUGCUGGAGUUCCUCCGGUACCUCGACCAGUUCGGGAAGACGAAGGUCCACACCCCAAUCUGCCCCUUCUACGGCCACCCAAACCCGCCCGCCCCCUGCCCCUGCCCCCUCCGCCAGGCCUGGGGCAGCCUCGACGCGCUCAUCGGCCGCCUACGCGCCGCCUACGAGGAAAACGGCGGCAAGCCUGAGACUAACCCUUUUGGCGCCCGAGCCGUCCGCCUCUACCUCCGCGACGUUCGGGAUUUGCAGUCAAAGGCUAGAGGCAUCAGCUACGAGAAGAAGAAGCGGAAGCGCCCCGUCCAGCAGCCGUCCUCCGCCGCCGUGCCACCACAUCCCCAACACCCCCCUGAAGGAUAAUUAAUUAACAUGCACAACCACCAGCCGCCGGAUCGGAGUUAUUAAACUUCGGUACCUUUUCAAGAACCUGGCCUAUCCAUCUAUCUAUAUUAUAUAUCUAUAUAUAUAUGCUUCAAUUAAUCUUCCAUAUUAAUUAAUCUCAAUCCAUCCUAUGUUUUCUUAAUUACAUAUAUCAUAUGUAUGCUUAAUUAGAUAGUUAAUUAUUAUUAAGGGUUAAUGUUUUCAUUAAUCAGCUGCUAAUUAAGCUAAGCUUACAUUCUUGAAAAAGAAAAUAAACACUGUAGCAGUACUGUAAGAAAGCAUUAUUAAUUCAGCAGCUUCAUUUCAGACCAGUCCUUCUCAUAAUAAUAAUUAUUAUUAUCUCAU